AUCACGCGGAAAUUUGACGGAAGUGGAUUGACGAGGCAGCUAACGCUAACCAAAACGUCGAGAUGGCUACGGCGAUGGUAGGAACACUUACUGCUUUUGACAAUCAGUCCCAAACAUGGGAGGAAUACGUCGAGGUAUUGGGACAUUUUUUCGUGGCGAAUGGGAUUGAGGAUGAGGAAAAAAAGAGGGCAAUAUUGUUAAGCUCUGUUGGCAGUCGGACAUACAGUUUAAUGAGGAACUUAUUGAGCCCGAAUAAGCCUGGCGAAAAAUCAUAUAAAGAUUUGACAGACCUGCUGCAGUCACAUUAUAACCCAAAGCCCAGUGAAAUAGUCCAAAGAUUUAAGUUUAAUUCGCGGACUAGAGCCGUGAAUGAAACUGUGAUGGAGUACGUGGCAGUGCUGCGAGAGCUCGCGCAACAUUGCAACUAUGGCGAUAAGUUAAAAGAGAUGCUACGCGACAGGCUCGUGUGUGGCAUAGCGGACGAUCGCAUGCAGAGGAGAUUGUUGGCGGAGCCUGAGCUCACAUUUGAGAAAGCGUUAAAAGUGGCACUGGCCAUUGAGACAGCCAAUAGGGAUGUCCGUGAUUUGCAAUUGAAAAUUGUGGAGGGCGUCGGGAGUAAUGUCAGUAAUCAACUACUAGUGCAUAAUGUGGAGUCAAACCCAAGCCAUAAAUGGCAAGGAAAAGCAACACCAUUGACAUGUUACCGGUGUGGGGGUGAACAUAUGGCAAGAGACUGUCGUUUUGUCAAUGAAAAGUGCCAUGGCUGUGGUAAAAAGGGACAUUUGAAGAGAGUGUGCAAAUCCUCACCUCUGGCUGACCAGUGGCUUAAGGGGGAGGGAAGAGGGAAGCACAAGCAGUCUGGAAGGUUUAGGAACGAUAAAAAUCAGUUGGCGCAUCACAUAAGUGAAUCUGUGGAGAAUGUCACGAGUGAUGAAGAUGUAUUUACGAUGUAUAAUCUAACAGAGCCAAAGUUAACGAAAAUCGAUCCCAUUACUGCACAGCUUAACAUAAAUGAGAACAUUGUGGAAUUCGAAGUGGAUACUGGCUGUAGUGUGACGAUUUUGUCAAAGGCUGCAUAUGACAAGUUAUGGACCGCAGGGGACACCCAAGAGUUGCACGACUGUUCAAUGACGUUGAAAACCUAUACGGGCGAAAAAGUACCAAUACUCGGAGUGGCAAGGGUGACUGUGAGGUUCCAAGACCAAGUCAAACAGCUACCAGUAGUGGUGGUAACAGGGCCAGGUCCAAACCUGUUAGGCCGAGCUUGGAUCAAGGAGCUGGGAAUUAACUGUGUCAGUAUAAAUAAGAUGGAGCAGCAAGAGUUAACAUUGCAGUAUGUGCUACGGAAAAAUGAAGAUGUGUUCAAGGAGGAACUGGGUACUUGGAGAGGUCCACCUGCAAAAAUUUACAUUACCGAAGGGGUGAGUCCAAAGUUUUAUAAACCUCGGCCCGUGCCCUAUGCCAUGAGGAAAAAGGUGGAGGUGGAGUUAGAGAGACUCACAAAGCAGGGGGUUAUUGAGCCAGUGAAGUUCUCAGAGUGGGCAGCACCGAUCGUGCCUGUGUUAAAAGCUGAUAAUUCUGUGCGCAUUUGUGGUGACUAUAAGCUCACUGUCAACCAGGUAUCGAAGCUUGAGCAGUAUCCAAUACCGAAAUUGGAGGACUUGUUUGAGAAGUUGUCAGGAGGAAAAAGGUUCAGUAAACUGGAUCUGAGCCAUGCAUAUCAGCAAGUGGUACUUGAUGAGACAUCUAAGCCAUAUGUCACUAUUAAUACGCACAAGGGUCUGUUUCAGGUGAAUCGUCUUCCAUUUGGUGUUUCCUCCAGUCCAGCCAUAUUCCAACGGAUGAUGGAGAGUCUGGUGGCCGGCAUCCCGAAUGUGGCCGUCUAUCUGGACGACAUUUUGCUGACGGGCCAGAGUGACCAGGGUCACCUUGCAACGCUGAACCAGGUGUUGACACGACUGCAGGAAGCUGGUCUUCGCUUGAAGCGCAACAAAUGUGUGUUCAUGGAACAGGAAGCAGAGUUCCUGGGUCAUAAGGUGGAUGCCGCUGGACCUCAUCCUUUGCCACACAAGGUCAGGGCAAUACAAGAAGCACCGGCACCGACUAAUGUCACAGAACUGAGAGCGUACCUAGGACUGCUUAACUAUUACAACAGGUUCCUGCCACACCUGUCAACAUUGUUGUCGCCUUUACAUGAACUAUUAAGGAAAGAAACCACUUGGAAAUGGAAGGGCGAACAAGAGCACGCUUUUGAGGAGUCCAAGCGACUCAUGCUGUCGUCUGAUGUGUUAGUACAUUAUGACAGCCAAAAAGAUCUGAUCCUGGCCUGCGAUGCCUCUCCUUAUGGUGUGGGUGUGGUGCUGUCGCAUCGCAUGCCAAAUGGGCAGGAACGACCAAUCAGUUUCCUGUCUAGGACAUUAACGUCAGCUGAAUUAAACUACUCCCAACUGGACAAAGAAGGUCUGGCAGUGAUAUUUGGCAUUCAGCGGUUCCACAAAUAUUUAUAUGGAAGGAGGUUUGUCAUUUGCACGGACCAUAAACCGCUACUGGCUCUCUUUAAUGAGAUGAAGGCUGUACCUCAAAUGGCUUCACCUCGUAUACAACGUUGGGCAGUUGCCUUGAGAGCGUAUGAGUAUGAGAUUGUUUACAAGCCCGGAAAACAUCAUGGCAAUGCGGAUGCGUUGAGUCGACUUCCUCUACCUCAGCCGCCUGUCACGAAAGAGCAGGAGGAGCGAGUGCUGAUGUUGGAGAACGUGACUCUCGUCUCAGCAGCAGAAAUGAGUAGAUGGACAAGCAGAGAUCCUGUGUUGUCCAGAGUGGCGCAAUUCGUCCAACAUGGUUGGCCGCCACCAGACGGAAAUCCAGUUUUCCAACCAUAUGCUGUGAGGAAAACCGAGUUAAGUGUGCAAGGUGGAUGUGUACUGUGGGGCUCACGAGUAGUGGUGCCGCCGCCAGGCCGGAACGCCUUGAUACAGCAGCUACAUCACGGUCACAUCGGCAUCACUAGAAUGAAGGCAUUAGCACGAAGCUACUUCUGGUGGCCCAAGUUAGAUGCGGACAUUGAAGUGGUCGUUAAAAGAUGUGUAGCAUGCCAAGAACAUCGUAAUUCUCCAGCUCCAGCACCUCUUCAUCCCUGGGAGUGGCCGAGCAAACCCUGGCAAAGGUUACAUGUUGAUUAUGCAGGACCUUUUAUGGGACACAUGUUUUUGGUUCUGAUGGACGCGCAUUCCAAAUGGAUGGAUGUGUACCCGGUAACGACCUCAACUUCAGCCAGCACGAUUGAAUGUCUAAGGAAGAGCUUUAGCAAUCAAGGAAUACCGGAGACAAUGGUGUCCGAUAACGGCUCAUGUUUUGUGAGUACAGAAUUCCGAGAGUUCAUGCAGAAGAAUGGGAUCGAACACAUCACUUCUGCUCCUUAUCAUGCUUCCUCUAAUGGUUGUGCUGAACGCGCAGUCCAGACAUUCAAGGCGAUGAUGAAGAAGGCAGGUGAGGGAAGCCUAGCCACUAAAGUAUCACGGGUGUUAUUUAGUUAUCGCAUUACACCACAGUCCACUACGGGGCUGUCGCCUGCUGAAAUGUUACAAGGCAGGAAGUUGAGAUCGACAUUAGACUUUAUUCAUCCGGACCGCCGAAGGAGGGUGGAACGGCAACAGAGCUUUCAAAAGAAACAUCAUGAUAAGCAAGGUUCCGGGAGAAGUUUCCAGGAGGGAGAUGCAGUGAUCACAAGGAAUUUCAGUCAUGGACCUAAGUGGAUUCCCGGGUUCAUUAUCAAGAUGACAGGUCCUGUCUCUUACAAGGUCAUGUUAGGAGGUGGCAACAUUGUGCGCAGACAUGUCGACCAGAUAUUGGCCAGUUCUGAGGAUAAGGACUGGAUGGUACCAAAGAUUCUGGAACCCUUGGGGUUGUCUGAAUCUUCAGCGGCAGCUGUGGCAGCAUCAGAGAUAUCCAUUCCCGAGGAAACCUGCGUUGUUCCAGAGACAAUCACUCAAAGUGUGGGAAAACCUGUUUCAGAAAAGGCCAAACCAGUAGUGAUGGACUUUCAACCUCCAGGUACUCCAAGGCAGUCACUAUCCUCGAUUGCCCCGGUACGCCGGUCGUUGAGAACUGUUUCGAAACCAAGUUAUUUGAAGGACUAUGAGUGUUAA